AUGUCAGAACUGGUGGGCGCCUGGGUGGGCUGGGCCAAGACGAAGCUGCUGGUGGAGCAGGCCACUUCUAGCACCGAUGAUCCCACGCCCAUAUACAUGCUGGAUGAGGUGGUGGCCGCUCUGGCGGACGGCGACACCCGGGCAGGGGUGGACGCCGUUGCGCUCAAGCUGGUCACCCAUAUCGGACGCAAGGGCUCGUCCGACCUGCGGCGGCUGAUGGCACGCCGGAGCGGUGCUGUGCGCGACCUACUGCACUAUCGCUGCGACCCAGACCCUUUCAAGGGGGACACGGUGUGGAAGCGCGUGCAGGAGUAUGCCCAAGAGGCGCUGAAUGCCAUCCACGGCACCCCCGAUUCAGGGGGCCGCAUCCAAGGCUUUGGUAGCGAUGCGCCUGGCAGCGGUGGCGGCGGCUAUGGUAGCAGCAUGGGUUUUGGAAGCGAUUCAGCGGGAGGAGGCAGCAGCAGCAGCAGCCGAAUGGUGGGCUUUGGCAGUGCAGAUGUGCUGCAAUCGGGCAUGCAGACUGAUGGCUACAGUGCCUCGGCAGUGGAUGGUGCCGACACGUUUGCCGGUGCUGCCGGCAGCGCGGCGCCUGGACGGGAUGACCUUCAGGCAUUUGUGGAUGGCAUCUCCGGUCUGGAUGGGCCAAGCGUAGCGCAGCUGCUGGAGCGCAAGCUUGAGGUUGGGCCAUGGCAGUCCACGCUGCGUGCGCUGUGUGCCAUCGAAGCAGUGGCAGAGAGCGGCAGCAGCGCAGCAUGUGGUCAGGUGGCUGUGCACUUUCAGGCGCACCCAGAGGCUCAUCGCACCUCUUAG